CCUCGUUCCUUUUGGUAUAUAAGCCCGCCUCCCUGUCUGGAAAACACAGUCUCAGCCCGCUUUGGAUUACUUACAUCAUUCAACAUGAAAGCGUUCGCUUUGUGUCUAGUCGCGACGCUUGCAGUAGCCGCCGCUGAACCGCCAGUAGGAGGAGGCUACAGCUAUUCGAGACCGUCCGGUGGAUUCGGUGGUGGCUUCGGAGGUGGCGGAUACUCUGGAGGCGGUGGAUACUCCGGAGGUGGCGGAUACUCCGGAGGCGGUGGAUACUCCGGAGGCGGAGGAUACUCCGGAGGCGGAUCUCUCGUAGCGGUAUCCCCCGGACCUUCGACCAGCGAAGGCCAGCACGUCGACGGAGCCGUCCUCGAACAGGUCCGUCAGAUCCUCCUUAAAGACGAAGCCAGCAGCAGCCACUCUUCCGGAGGAUUCGGCGGCUACCCCAGCUCGUCUUACGGAGCCCCGAGCUCUUCUUACGGAGUCCCAUCCUCGUCCUACGGAGUCCCGAGUCAGCAGUACGUCAGCAGGGUGGUCGGAGUCGAUCUCGAAGGAGUCAAACAGGCCCUCCAGGUCGCCCAGUUCGAACAGAGCGGCGGACACGGAGGCGGCGGUGGAUACAGCUACAGCGCACCCUCCGGAAGUUACGGAGUACCCUCUCGCCCCUCCGGCUCCUACGGAGUCCCAUUCUAAGCUGACUAAAUACCUUGUAAAUAUCAUCGGACGUGACACCUAACCGCGCAACAACCAAACGGGUCUACCAGGUUUGCACAAACAGCUGAAUCCGCUUCCCGAUGAACUGAAACAAUAAAG